GAAAAUAUUUCUAUUGCAAUCUUGCAAUUUUAAGAUUGACAUCUACUUCAACAUUAUUUCCAGGGAAAUAUGAGGAGAAAUACGGCACCUUUUCUCAACAAGAACGAUUUGUCGUGGUUCGUAAUGCAGAGAGGAACACUUCGUGGGGAGGCGCAGUUUUUGUCGAGAGAUGAGUCGUUGUGUGACUCGAUUGUCAAACUUGAGCAAGAUUACGAAUGGAAAUACAAAGUUAGAGGGUGAAAAUGGAGAUUUCGUCAGAAAUUUUCCACGCGUUUCUCGGGAAAUGCGAAUCUUAAGUCGAUGACGUCACAGGGCGCCAUUUUAAAGAUGAGCAUGUUGACUUCUGGGAAGGAAUUUUUUUGGUUCUUCCCAUCCGGGAAUCUCGCUUCCUGUGACCUUCAUUUUACCGGCGUAAGGAGGACAACGUGGUUUCGUACGCGAUUGUCUUUUCUUUGCCAAAACACCAUUUUCAAACCUCGUUUAUCGCGUAAUUGUAAUGAGUAAAGAUCUCUUGGACUACCCUUUCUGCCAUGAUGUCAACAAAUACGAAAGGAUGGUUAAAAUUGGCCAAGGAACCUUUGGCGAGGUGUUCAAGGCACGCAACCGAAAGAAUCUUAAAGAAAUCGUUGCCCUCAAGAAGGUCCUCAUGGACAACGAGAAAGAAGGGUUCCCGAUCACCGCCCUCAGAGAGAUUAAGAUACUUCAGUUGCUGAAACACGAAAACGUGGUCAACCUGUUGGAAAUUUGUCGAACGAAAGCCUCUCCUUACAAUCGGAAUAAAGGAAGUAUAUACCUUGUUUUUGAGUUUUGAGAGCAUGACUUAGCUGGCCUUCUUAGCAACCGUCAGAUCAAGUUCUCUUUGUCAGAGAUGAAAAAACUUACCCAGAUGUUGCUGAAUGCACUGUACUUCAUACACAGUAAUAAAAUCCUGCACCGAGAUAUGAAGGCUGCAAAUGUCCUCAUAACUAAGAAUGGUGUUCUGAAGUUAGCUGAUUUUGGUCUAGCACGUGCUAUUCACCUGAACAAGGAGCAGACCCAGCGUUACACCAAUAGAGUAGUAACUCUUUGGUACAGACCACCAGAGCUUUUGUUAGGAGAAAGAAACUAUGGUCCUCCCAUUGAUCUGUGGGGAGCAGGUUGCAUUAUGGCAGAGCUAUGGACACGAGCCCCUAUUAUGCAAGGGAAUACUGAACAAGACCAGUUAAACCUGAUAAGUCACUUGUGUGGCUCCAUUGCUGCUGAUGUAUGGCCAGGGGUAGAGAAACUGGACCUAUUUAGUAAAAUUGUCUUACCUCCAAGUCAGAAAAGACGAGUGAAAGAAAGAUUAAGAAGCUAUGUGAAGGAUCCUCUUGCUCUUGAUUUAAUCGAUAAGUUUUUGACUAUUGAUCCUGGUCAAAGAAUUGAUGCAGAUACGGCUUUGAACCAUGACUUCUUUUGGAGUGACCCCUUGCCAUCUGACUUGACACGCACCUUAAGCUCAGUCAAUACAUCAAUGUUUGAGUUCUUGGCACCUCCACAUCGUGGCAGAGGCCAAGUGCAACCACCAGCUGCUGGACAGUCUCGUGUGGGGGCUACUAAUCAGCCCAGUGUUACUAGCAGCACAUUUGAUAGGGUCUUUUAAUUUUGGUUGCCUUUAAUUUUCAUUGAAUGCUUUGCAUGUAGUGAAGUAUAUAUUGUAUUUAUAUUUGAUGUGGACAAUUUAACAAUGCAAGUAAAGACUUAGAAACUCAAAAAAAAAUAUUUUAAAAAAAUUGCAAAAAGGAAUAAAACAAAAUAAAAAAUAAAACAAAAAGAACUAACUCGUAAAAAGUAAAAAAGAAUCAAAACUACAAAAAAUGAAGGUCACUCAUUUAAAGCUUGUUUCUCACAAUGCAUUGCAUCAAGCAGCAAAUUAGUAAUGUCUACCUACCCCUCUGUUUUUUCUUACAUAUGCAUUAGUGCACUGUAGGUAAGAUGAAAGUGGAUGAAAUUAUCAGCGGAAAACAGGUGCUAUAUUUCAAAGCACCUUAGAUGUGAAAUAUUUCUUCUUGUUAAUAUGCUAUACAGGAAUAGGAAAGUAACUGGUUACGUGUCAAAAAAAUAAAAAAAAUUCCACAAAAGCUAUGCUUUGUAAUCAUGGCCAAAAAAAAUGCUCAUACUUGGAAAGAGUAUCAAGAAUGACAGUCGUGAACAUGAUUUCAGAAAUGACUUCCUUAUGCCUUGGCUGCUUCGUUAAUUUCAGUAGUGGUAGGUUUACUUAAGGAGUAUUAAAGUUGACAACUCCAUUAUUGAAUUAUCAUCAUUCAGUAUUCGUAAACUUUAUUUUUUCAAUUUUUUCUUGGGAGAACCUGUUAUUGCUACUCCAAAUUGUUUUAUACACCAAGUACAUACUUUUGUUUCCUUAUUUUGCAUAGUGGUUAUGUCUAAUAUAAUUUGAUAAUCAUAGAAGUAUAGUGGAGAUAUUAUGUUUCUGGAGUUUGAAUGCAAACAGUUUACUUUUCUAUAUGGAAAUGGUUAAAUCUUAGUGUUGUAUGUUACGAUUGCAACAGAAUGUGUUUAAAUUAUAAUAGAAUGAUGUUUCGUGUCAAAUGCUGAUGCGCUGCCUCUGCUGGUAUCAUACUAAAUAGUAAUUUGAGAACAGUUUAAAUAAACAAAAUAUUAUUGAA